ACAACACACAUCGCUCACCCGGAACAAAAAAUCCCAAAGUGCAGUGAUGUGAUUUGAUGGGACAAAUUCGAUUGAAAACAGCAACAAAAACGACCGAUUGAUUCAUACCAAUCCAACGCUACCUGCGGCUAAACGGUGUGUGCGGGUGUAGGAGAGUUUUCGUGUGUGGAGUGAAAUAUGAGGAUGAUAAUUGCUUGAUGUGUGGUUUAUGUGCGGGGUCGCGAAGAACAUAGGAGUACCUCCUCCUACGAAUCGAAGCACACACGGAAAACGCAGCGCAUAGAAUGCCCUGAUUGUAGCCGCCGUCCAACCUUCUUCUUCUUUUUGUGCGAUUGCCUUGAUGUUACACGUCCGAGAAAAACAAAAGAAACUAUGCGUUCCACCGACCAUGGCAGAAGGUUACGGUGGAAGAACAUAGACAAGACGGAGUGUUGCGCACGGGGAGAUGCAUCCGAUGUGCAGCAAAGGACGGAUAACAAACAACGGGCAGCUAACGAGGAAACAUUGUCCCUUUAAUGCAUCGGUGCUACACAUACCAAGGAAAGCGAAUCAACCAAUACAUCAUACGAACGAUUGAAAAAAAAAGUGCGUGGCUCUUUCGUUAUCUCAAUUAUGCGAUUUGUGUCUAAUUGACAUUUAGCGACUGUACGGCUAAAGAAGGAAGUACCAGGAAGGAAGUGAUAAAUUGUUGUAGCUUUCAGCACCGACCAGGCUGGAACUGAUCGGCUGCCCAAAGUUGGCAAUCAUUCUAGUUCCGUUCCGCGAAAACCUCACAGGUCUCCGCCCUUCCGAGUGUGUGCAAAUCCUUUCCCGUGAUCAGAACGACAGAACCGCUAUGAGGAAGUAGCGACAAACACACAAGCACCCGUAGUAGUCGUGUGAUGCAAGUUAGCAAUGGUAGCUCUCUACAUUGAAAGGUUCUCACACCACACAUCAGAGCAUCCCCGUGUGUGUAGUAAGCUGAUGGAACAAAAAGACCACGGAGAGACAAAAUCAAUCAUUAUGCUUCUAGGGUAACAGAGUGGUGGAAAAUAUGAAUCACCCGCAGAAGCACCCCACUCGCUAAUCCCAGCAAUCGUUCAAAGCAACAGCAACAGUGCAAGCGGGCAGUGGGGCAGCCGCAGUUCCGUAGUGUUAACGACAGUAAAAGAAAACCAGUCGACCCAAGGAGAGCGUAUCCUGGUGAUACUGAGGAGGAAACAGGUACGCCUGAGCGUAACAGGCACGCAGGCAGGCACGACAGCACGACCCCUAAGGGCAAUCAUAGCUGCAAAAAGCCCUCAGAGGAACGCAUAACAAUAGCAGCAAAAAAAAACGCAUUGGUAAAUUGGUGCACAGACGUCGCGACGACAUUCUGGUAGGGCGCUGGUCGUCGUCUUGCGGUAGUGAGUGGCAGCAAGCGGCGCCAUCGACGUGCAUCGGUGUUUGUGCGUUACGCAUCCAUCCCUACGACACUACGGCGGGAGUAUUUUAUUGUUGAGCUCGCGCGUGUGUGUCCGUCGGGUCAGGCUCAACAAUAAUUAUCGACAAAGUGGCAAGAGAGUGCUGCCUAGUGGUGAAUGGAUUUAUAUGCGAUACGCCACAAGCAGCGGCGGUGGCGGUAUCAUCAACGGUGACCAGUUUUUAAAUAGGGACGUCGAAGGUGGCUCCAGAAGCGAACGGCUGUAGCAGUAGUAGUAGUAGUCUAGUCACCGGGACCGCCACAGAUCGUAGUUUCAGUAGUGCUAAUCGCAAAAUAGGCUGGAAGAACAGCCGCCCUAUUCGAACGAAUCGCCGCGCUAUCGACCGAUUUGCAGCCCGGUACCACAACGACACCAUCUUCCCAGGCAGCAACGGCUGGGAAGUUGCGACAGUUCGGGUGGUGGUGGCGGUAGCGGUAGCGGACGGAUAGAUAAGCACACGAGGGCAAGAGCCCGCGACGAGGCGAAGGCAGCAGAGAGCCGAGCUUUGGAAAUGACUACGGCGACAAUGGAAAUGUUAACGACAGCGACAACAACCACGCCUGCGACGGGCAAUUCCUCCUCGAUUGCCAGUACGACCGUAGCCAGCGGAGGUAGUGGAAGUGGUGUUGCAUUCAGCUCAGGAGCCAGCCUGGAGGAGAUGAUGCGAGGCACGAUGCCCGUAGAUUACAGUAAUCUGUCCGGAGUCAUACCGUUGCUGGAGGAAGUCGACGGCAACGUGACCACCGUAUCGCAGCACAGCAACGAUUCGGUCGAGCGUACAUUGCUGCCGGGAUCGUCUAGUCAGCCCCAGCAUGGCCACGGUCAUCAGAAGGGACAUUCGCGGGGGAGCAGUGCACCGCAGGCGUACGAUCGCAUCACCACCAAGAUUGCCUGCACAAAGGAACUGAUCCGGAAGGAGCAGGAAGCGCGCGAUUCGAACGUAAACGAGUAUCUGAAGCUUGCCGCAAACGCGGACAAACAGCAACUUCAACGCAUCAAGGCCGUGUUCGAGAAGAAGAAUCAGAAGAGCGCCAACAACAUUUCGCAGCUGCAAAAGAAGCUGGAAUCCUACAACAAACGCUACAAGGACAUGCAGCAAACGCAACAAAAGCAGGCACAGCAACAACACUUUCUACAGCCGCGCGAAAUGCUGCGUGACGUGGGGCAGGGUUUGAGAAACGUCGGGGGUAACAUUCGGCACGGCGUGACCGGGCUGUCGGCAACUGUGAUAUCGAAACCACGCAAAUUUGCUCAUCUUAUACGGAACAAGUUUGGCAGUGCGGACAACAUUAACCAGCUUACAUCCACCUGGUACACCGGGUGUGCGGCCGAUAGCGAACUUUCCGGCAUAGACGUGGCGAGCGGUACUGAGGGACAGCAAACCACGCCAAAUGCGAGCGGUCCUAGCGGUGGUGGUGGUGGUGGGCAGAGCAAUCAACACAACACCAGCGGUCCUGGCCCCGGUGGAAAGUACAGUGAGCAUGACAGUGAAUGUAGCAGCGUCACUAGUGAUAGCAUACCGCUAGGAUCGGACAAACAUCGGUUAAGCUGCAGUCAGCGGUGCGUCAAUUAUAAAGCCCUCAAUGAAUUGCGCGAAGAGUACCAAAAGUUAAAAGAGCGACUGGACCGGGUCGAGCUGGUGCAGAAGGAAGUGACGGAACUGUCGAUGGCACUGGAGAACGAACGGUAUCGAGCCGAUCGGCUCGAAGAACAGAUUAACGAUCUGUCGGAGUUGCAUCAGAACGAGCGCGAAAAUCUGAAGCAAGCGAUUGCUGACCUGGAGGAAAAGGUGCAAUACCAGAGUGACGAACGGUUGCGGGAUGUCAACGAGAUCCUCGAAAACUGUCAGACGCGCAUUUCGAAGAUGGAGCAACUAUCGCAGCAACAGUACGUUACGGUGGAAGGCAUCUACAACUCGAAUGCACGCGCCGUAGUAGUGAAGCUGAUCAACGUCGUGCUGACCGUGCUGCAGGUAAUCCUGCUGCUGGUUGCAACGGUUGCCGGCAUUAUAGUGCCAUUUCUCAAAACGCGACUACGUGUACUGACGACGCUGUUUUGCACGUUGGUGCUUAUAGCCAUCGUGCGGCAAUGGCCGGACGUACGGGACACCGGUGUACAUCUGAUCCGGAUCCUUCGCAGUCAAGUCGUUAGCGAAUCGGUGACCUAGAGAGCCGGUAUGACGAGAACUAGGCGUCGACACACGCUGUGUCGGGCUGACUAUACGGUCGCUUUGUAUUUUUAAUGAAAGAGUGUAGUAGUGAAUAAAUAGGCCACUACCACCACGAUUCGUAUGCUCACAUGUCCGUACAACCGCAAGCGUACGUAUUGAUCCGAUCGAAAUCGGUUAAAGGAAAGCCAGGCUGCAGUGACGACGAUGCAAUUUGCUCAAAUUCGAAUCGAAGAAAGUCUUAGUUCGCACCGUUGAACUAUCCAAUAUAUUAGCCAGACGUUAGUUGAACAUGAAUCCAUCCAAAACAUGCUCCAUACCACAAUGUUAUGCAAAUUCAUACACACCAGAGAAUGAUAAAUUGUUAGUAUUAUUGCAGAUACAAUAAGGGACAAAUUCUAGUAGGGCUCUCAGAAGUGCAAUGCCGGUGUGUGUGUGUGUGUGUGCACGCGCUCGUUAAACUGGCCAUAUAUUAUAACACUUUGCAAUCUUAAUUCCUGUGUAGUAAAUAUUUGUCCGUUCUGAAAUGUUUAAAGGCUCUGUUAACAAAUGCACCGAAUUGUAGCAAACGCAAUCUGCUGUUUUUAGAGAUUCUUGAACUAAAAACCCCUUCUUCAGAAUGUUAAAUCCAAUAGAAGUUUCCCCGAUUCAAAGUAACGAUGGUGAAAAACGCUAUUAUUCGGCCAACGACCACAGGAAAGAACGAUGUAGACAAAAACAUUUGCAAUUGUUUUAGAGCUUUUCUGAACGGAUUCGUCAUGCAUCACACAAAAUAUCCACACAGGUGAAACAAAAUUUGCAGAACAUUUUUAGGCAGGUAGAAAACGAAAGCAAUCUUUUGUAGAAAAAAAAACAGUAGCAGAUGAUUAGACUAGUAGUGUGUUUCGAAAAAGAAAAACGACUCCACGAUUAAAGGGAAUGUGUUGCGAACAUGUUGUAUUAAGAGGAAAAGUAAGAGUUUCCCUCCACCACCCCAAGUCACGCAACAGUCACGAAAUGUCUCGAAGACGCAAAAAAUACGAAUUGAAACCAGGCUUUCCUUAUGUAAGUGUGGCAACCGGUAAAGCAAAAUACUGCACCGCGUUUAUCGUUGAAAGUUAAGAAAACGCCGCCUAUCGGUCGUUGUUAUACGAUAUGUAUGUUCUUAUGCUAUUGAGAGCUUCUUUUUUAUGAUUUCUUCUAGCGAGGAAGCAAUACUAAGUUAUUCUUUGUACGGUAGGAACGAAUGCAAGCAACAUUUAUUAAGCAAAUCACGAGCAACAAAUGUGAAAAGUAAUGUGGUAAAAGUUAUAUUGGGCAUGGAACGGGAAAUUACAUAAUGAUAGCGCAUACAUAACAUCGUGAUUAGGUUGGUUCAGUUUAAGUUAAGCAAAAGAGGGUAUAGAUCAAUACUGGCAAAGACGGAAAAGUUAAGCGACUCCUAGGGAUAUGUAGUGUGUAAUCGUCGUGUUUAGUAGCAACUGUAGAACACACCAUAAAAGGAAGGAACCAAAAACAAUAACCUGCCAUUGGACCUAUAUAAACAAAACAAUCGAAACAGCAACAACAGUAGAAGCGUGCAUUGCGAAGGAAACAAAUAUAGAAACGAACCAUAUGUGCGACGUAUUUGCAUCACAAGGGAAAACGUAACGCGAUAGAUCAAUCGCUCGGGAAGGCUAAAUUAUGAACGAAAACAAUUACGCGAAAUAUUUACCGAUAUUUCACAUUUCAAUGUUCAAACUAAACAAUAACGCUACUAGUAAUCAACCAUCGGGUGAUAUUUCCGAAAUAAACGAUUUCUGAGGAAGAAGGAGGCGGCAGGCAAAAUAGCCCCAAUUGACUACAACAGCCUAGCCAAGAAGCACAACAUCAGCAUUUUACCCCAAAAGCCUCUUUCAUCCUCUUGCUCUAUUUCUCUCUCUAUCUCUCUCUCUCUCUAUUUAUGUUUCUCAAUCUAGAGAUUC